CUACGCGCCCGGCGCCACCCAGCAAGCUGUGCGUGCCAACCCGGAGAGGUGGGUGGGGUUGGAGCAGUGCUGCCGAGCAGCUCUCCAUGGGGCAGCCCCGCUCUCUCCAGCCUCAAGGGGGAGGGGUCGGGGGUCGGCCCCUUCCCCCCCCCCGCGCCCUCUCCCUGCGCGAUCCCGGUUAAAUGCGGCGCUCUCCGCUCUCGCUCCUCUCAGUUCCGAGCAGCGGCAAAGAGGCACUGCAGCGCGCAAUCGCAGGGCGCAGCAGUCUCCCCAUCGUCUGCGCCGCCCCCUCCCAGGCUCCCGGCUUUACCUGGACCAGCCCCACGGGGGAGUCGUACUCCCGUCUUCUGCUGAGUUCCGCGGCUGCUCCUCCGCGCCUUCCAGCCAGCCGAGAAAAUCCUCCUGAGAUUCCUUUGCCUUGAAACUGAAUGAUGAAGCUGCUACAAGUUGGUGCUUUUCUUUUGCUAACCAUUAUGGCAUUGGAAGCCCGACCAAAACUCUUAGGAGCCAAGUGUAAGACAGGUCCCCUGGACAUUGUCUUUGUGAUCGACAGCUCGCGCAGUGUCCGCCCCUUCGAAUUUGAGACCAUGAGGCGCUUCAUGAUCGACAUCAUUCAUAACCUGGAUAUAGGGCCCAACGCCACGCGGGUCGGGGUGAUCCAGUACUCCAGCCAGGUCCAGAAUGUCUUCUCCCUCAAGUCCUAUUUCACUAGGGCUGAAAUGGAGAAGGCCAUCAACAGCAUUGUCCCAUUGGCCCAAGGCACCAUGACAGGGUUGGCCAUCCAGUAUGCCAUGAAUGUGGCUUUCACCACGCAGGAGGGGGCCCGCCCACUGCACAAGAAGAUCCCUCGAGUGGCUGUGAUUGUGACCGAUGGGCGGCCCCAAGACCGUGUGACAGAUGUGGCUGCUCAAGCCCGAGCAGCUGGCAUUGAAAUCUAUGCGGUGGGUGUUCAGCGGGCAGACAUGAACUCCUUGAGGGCCAUGGCUACUCCCCCACUGGAGGAGCACGUAUUCUUGGUGGAGUCCUUUGACCUCAUCCAACAGUUUGGCAAGCAGUUCCAGGACAAGUUGUGUGGUGUCGAUAUGUGCACAGAAAUGGAUCAUGGCUGCCAGCACACCUGUGUCAGUGUCCCAGACUCUUUCUAUUGUCAGUGUAACCCAGGAUACAAGCUCAACGCUGAUGGGAAGACAUGCUCCAUCAUUGAUGCCUGUGCUGAUGGGAGACAUGGCUGUGAGCACCAGUGUGUCAGUUCUCACGGCUCUUACACUUGCCGUUGCCGGACAGGCUAUUACCUCAACCAGGACAAGAAGACAUGCAGCAUGAUCAAUUUCUGCAGUUUUGGCAACCACAGUUGCCAGCACGAGUGUGUGAACAUCCUGAACGGAUACUAUUGCCGCUGCCGUGAUGGCUACACUCUUCAGGCUGAUGGCAGGUCAUGCCAGGCCAGUGACCUGUGCAAUACUGUAGAACAUGGGUGUGAAUUUAAGUGUGUCAGCACCACAGGCUCUUACCACUGUGUAUGCCCAGAGGGUCAGCAGCUCCAGGCGGACAAGAAGACAUGCAACAAGUGCAAAGCUGGACACAUUGACUUGGUGCUGGUGAUUGAUGGCUCCAAGAGUGUCCGGCCUCAGAACUUUGAGCUGGUGAAGCAGUUUGUAAACCAGAUUGUAGACUUCCUGGAUGUGUCUCCUCAUGGCACCCGCGUGGGGCUGGUCCAGUACUCCAGCCGUGUGCGCACAGAGUUCCCACUCAACAAAUUCACGACAGCAGCCGAUGUCAAGAAGGCAGUCCAGAGGGUGCAGUACAUGGAGAAGGGCACCAUGACUGGCCUGGCUCUCAAGCACAUGGUGGAGCACAGCUUCUCUGAGGCUGAAGGGGCCAGGCCUCUCUCCCAGCAUGUGCCCAGGAUUGGCCUGGUCUUCACUGAUGGGCGCUCUCAAGAUGAUAUCUCAGAAUGGGCCAGAAGAGCAAAGGAAUCAGGAAUCGUCAUGUUUGCAGUUGGUGUUGGUAAAGCUGUUGAGGAAGAACUGAGAGCAAUUGCCUCUGAGCCAAUUGAUCAGCACUUUUCAUACUCUGCGGAUUUCAACACCAUGACUCACAUUGUCGACAAUCUUAAACUCAACAUCUGCCCUGAGGAGGGCAAAGGAGAAACGGAAUUCCGUAAUCCAUGUGAAUGCGAGGCCCUUGUACAGUUCCAGUCAAACACUCUUGCCAUCCUGGAAGACCUCACCGAUAGAAUUGGCCAGAUGACUGUCAGACUCGAAAAGUUGGAAAACCAGAUUGCUGGCAAGAAAUGAUCACCACAGACAGAAAUCCAGUAUUUGGGGCGGAUACAUGUCUUGUCGCUCAUCAUUGGCAUUCCUUGACCUGUUGUAAAUGGUUCCUUGUACUUUUAUCACAGGACCCUGAGUGGAAUUGAAAUUGCUCCCUUCUUCCCUAGGUUGAAACAAACAAUAGCAUCAUUACGUUGGAAUGGUCUUUUCCUUUGCCUGAAAUAGAUUGAUGGGCUGAUGAUGAACUGGAUCAGGCCUCACAGACAGGGACUGGAGACCCAAGUAGGCAUGGGACAUGAAGCAUCUUCAAGAGCUCCUGGGAUUUGUCAGCAUUUGAGAAUUCUUUCCUGAUAUCUUGUGGCAAACCUGAGAACACUUGCCUUGCUAGAAGAGACAGUCCCCGUUUGCUAAAUUGUAUUUAGUCCCAACCAUGGGAAGGAGGGACAAGAGCAACUUCUGAUAUUCUCUAGGAGAAGACCUAUUCUGUUGUUCCCCCUUGUUAUUUUUCACUGUGAACAGUAGCACUUGCAGCGUCUUUAUCUAAAGCUUUCUGCUUCGGUUGCACAUGAAUUUAAUAUCUGGUUUAUAAAUAGAAAUAUAAUUUUAAAAAAUUAACUAGAACAAGAUGCUCAAAAGAAAUUGAAGUGGGAUAUUUCUGAUGGGAAUCCCUUCCUUCCAACUCCACCCCGACUUUGACAGUAUUGAUGAAGAAUUUGUCAUUGCCUUUUUUUAUCAGAUCAUUUUUUAAAAGUUAUAUAUAUAUGUGUGUGGGGGGGGUGUGCGCAUGUGUGUAUAUAUCUUUCUUCCCCAAAGCAGGAUAAUUGUAUUUUUAAACAAACAUCUUUUAUAUUAUAUGUAAAUUUUUAUCUCAACUAAUAAAACUUGCUGAAGAUUUCUAAUA